GCGCGGAACGAGUUUGGCAGCGAGCUGACCGAUGCACACACUGACCCAUAAUUGGCGAGCCGCCGGCCGCGCGGUCCUCGAGCGAGCGAGUUUGCGGCUGCGUAAGCCACGUAGAACAGCUGACGAUCGGGGCUUAGACGCCAGCGCGUGUACGGCGGCAACAGGUGGCCGAUGACCCCGUCUCUCUCUCGCUUGCUUCCGCCUUGGGAACGCGUCGGAUGACUCAACUAGGGAGCAGCAGCGCGACGAGCCGAGGGUGGAUAGCCGAACGAACAUCGGCGCGGAGCGGGCAGGGGGCCGCGAGUGUGGGAUAGCAGGUAGGAAAGGUGGAGGUGGCGCGAGCAGCGAGAGGGGGGCGUCGGCGUUCGCGCGCGGCCAGGUAAGGAGGGAGAGAGAGACGGACAGGAUUCCUUGGCUCGCGCUCUCUCUUGCUCCGCCGCCGCCGCCACCGCCGCCGCGGCUGCCGAGAGCUCGGGCAGUCGGCCCUAAGGAAGCCUAGCGCUCGCAAGUCUGCUCGUGAUCUCGCGCACGCACUCCGCUACUGGCUGAGGGCUCGAGCGGUGCGCAACCAAUCAGUCGCGGCUCGAUAUUAUGCUGCCGUCGUGAGCUGGGCGCUCGCUGCCGGUCUGUCUCCGUGUCCGGCCCCCGUGGCCAUGCCAGCGCUGGCCGGCUGAUCUAGCGCGCGCGCGCGCCCGUUCGCCCAAGAGUCCGAGGAGAGCAACCGGAAGCCAGCCGAACCAAGCGAGACAGCGGCGAGGACGAGCAGCCGCACUCGACAUGCGCACGAGGCCGACAGCGUCGAUGCCGCUGACCGCGCUGGGGCUGCUGCUGCUGCUGCUGCUGCCGGCCGGCGGGCGAGCUAACCAGGCGAGCUCGCCGUGCCCCUGGUCGGCGCAGGCGCUGGCCGAGCUGGAGAGCUCCUGCACCUGCGACUACAACCUGGCCCGGGAGCUGUCGGUGCAGUGCGACGCCGUGGACUUCAACCAGCUGAUCUCUGGGCUGCGCCGCUUCGCCCAGGCGCAGGCCAAGAUCGAUCUGCUCUACGUGAACAACAGCACGAUCGGCGUGCUGCGGAACGGCUCGUUCGCCGGCUUCCGCAUCGCCAACCUGCAGCUGAGCGGCUGCAGGCUGCGCGGCCUCGAGCCCGAGGCGCUCGCCAACCAGGAGGCCAGCCUGCGCAGCCUCAACCUGCGCGACAACGAGCUCGCGGAGAUACCCAGGGCGGCGCUCGCCGACCUGAGGAACCUCACGGUGUUGGACCUGUCGCGCAACCGGAUCAGCAGGGUGCCCGAGCACGUGUUUGCCGGCCACCGGCUGGUCACGCUCAAGCUGGCCGGCAACAACGAGCUGGCCCUCGAGUCGGCGAGCUUCCGCGGCCUCGAGGGCUCCCUGAAGAAUCUCAACCUCAUGGGUACCCGGCAGCGCAGGCUGCCCGAGGCCCUCAAGGGCCUGGCCGCGCUGGCCUUCCUCGACCUGUCGCAGAACAGCAUCCGAGAGCUGGGCGGCUCGGCCGGCUUCCACGGGCUCGGCUCGCUCACGGGGCUCAACCUCGAGCGCAACCUCAUCCAGGCCAUCGGCCCGGACGCCUUCGCGGGCGUCGCCGCCAGCCUCAGCUCGCUCAGCCUGCUCAACAACUUGAUCCCCGAGUUCCCGAUCGCCGCCAUCUCCACGCUGCGCGAAUUGAAGGUGCUGGACAUUGGCUUCAACCUGAUGACCGAACUGCCGGUGAGCGCCUUCCGAGGCAACCCAUCGAUCACGCUGCUGGCCAUCGACGGCAACCCGCUGUCGACGGUGCCCGAGGAGGCGUUCGCGGGGCUUAACGGCACCCUGCGGGGACUGAGCUUGGGCGGCCGAUUCCUCGUGUGCGACUGCAAGCUCCGCUGGAUCGUCGAGUGGAUACGAACGAGGGACCUGCAGGUGACCAGCCGGGAGAGCAAGCCGCAGUUCUGCGGCAGCCCGCCGAGGUUGCAGGACCGCAAUUUCUACUCGAUCAAGCCCGAAGAGAUGACCUGCGAGAGGCAGGCGGAGAUUGUGGGCAUCGGCACGGUGGAGAGCGUAGAGCCGAGCGGCGCCAUCCUCGAGGCCAUCGAGAACCAGCAGCCCAUCCCCACGGAGUCGAAUCCGAGCCCCAGCCCCAGCCCCAGCCCCAGCCCCAGCCCGAGUCCGAGCCCGAGCCCGGGGAGCCUGGGCCCCAGCACGUCGCGCAUCACCACCGGCGCGAGCAGCUUCGAGACGAGCACGGCCGGCAGCGCAGGCGCGCCCGCGGCCACCCAUACGCCCACCACGCUGGCGCAGCCGGCGCCGACCGCCGCGGGCAGCGCGGUCACCAGCAGCAGCCGACGCCCGGCGGGCAGCGUCUUCGUGACGCGCACCAGCAGCGCGCCGCGGCCGCCGCUGGUGCACGGCUCGUCCAUCUACCGCAAGGGCCAGGACAAGGACAUCGUGAUUCGCGACGUGCUGCGCGAGGACGACUCGCUGAUCAUCCGCUGGGACAGCGGCUCCAGCGCGCUGGGCUUCCGCGUGAUCUACCGGCUGUUCGGCAACUCGAGCUUCCGCUCCAGCCAGACCCUCGACAGCAGCGAGCGCGAGCUGCGCAUCAAGAACGUGCCCUCGCAGGAGUGCAUCGUGGUGUGCGUGCUGGGCGCGGAGGAGCCGGCGAGUCCGAACCCCGGCCAGGUGCCGUUCAGCCAGUGCCGCGAGGUCCGCACCGAGGCCACCAACAUCGACCGCAUCACCAUCGCCGCCUCGGCGGCCGUCUGCCUCACCAUCGUCGCGGCCGCGCUGGUGUUCGUGCUGGCGAGCCGCCGGCGCCGGCGUGCCAGCUCGCGCAAGCUGCGCACGCUGCAGGAGCCCGGCAAGCUGCCGAUCGCCGGGCUGCCGGUCAACUGCUGCUCGAGCCUCGUCGGGCCCACGCCCAGCCCCGGCGGCAUGGGCGCCCCGCUGCCCGGCACCGGCGCCUCGCUCAGCGCCUACAGCGUGCAGAAGGAGUGGGACCAGCUGUCGGCCUACAGCACGCGCAGCAUCCCGCGGCCGCGCAUCUUCCCGGUGGAGCGCCAGGGCUCCGUCACGCGGGCCUCCUGCCUCGAGGACGCGGCCGGCCCGCAGGCGCCCGGCCCGCUCGGCGGCCCUAGUCACGUCCGGGGGCACUACUUCGCCGGCGCCUCGCUCAACUCCAGCCUCGUUGGCUUGGGCGCGCGCGCAGAGCUGCGGCACUCGAGGCAGUCGCUGGCUGCGGCUGCGGAGCGCAUGGGCGGCGCUCGCUGUUUCCCGUCCGCGGCAGGCGUUCAGCUGGCGCCGCAGGCGCAGGGCAGCGCGCGUCGGCAGCGGCCGCGCUCGAGGAACCGCGGCGGCGACCCGGGCCUGCCGCGGCCCGGCAGCCGCUACAGCCUCGCCGAGUCCACGCACACGCUCAACAACUACGAGGAGAGCAACUGGACCGACCACGACAUGGACAUCUACAUGGCGAGAAACCCUACCACCCGGGGUGGACUCGUGCCGCUCUGAUCGCCGCCCGACUUGCUGCUGCCGCCCGCUUCCGGGCAGGCCGACCGUCGUGCGACUCCGCGCCACUGCCGACGGUGCGAGCAGCAGCCGCCGCCGUCGCCGCUGCUCGCGGCUGCCCAAUUAUGCUUUUUCGUACUUCAUUCGUAACGCAACUUACCCACGCGCCGACGAGAGCUACAACCAAGUGCAAUAACUAUUUUUAUUUUAACGAGUCAAUCUGGAAUUCGAUUUUACAUGUACACCUAUAUAGUCAGCAAAGCGAGAUUAUCAUUAUUGCAAUAAGCUCCGACGUCUCCCACCCCCCCUCAAUCAAACCAAGCACUGACUGAAUAUACCUGUAUAAUUAUAGCGACUCGAUGCGGCUCGAAUUACGAGUGUUCUCUGAUCACGUUAUCUAUUAUACAAUUAUCUAGACCUAUAUGCACUUGUUCAAAGCGUACAAACUCUACAUUCCUUCGAUUUUGUUUUAUCUUCUCUUUUAUAUUAUUGUUUUUUCUACUAGAUUAUGUAUAAGAAGCCGUUAAAGGCUCAAUUAUAUUAGAUAGGACCUAUGUGAAUAAAUCUGGUGCAAAAAUUAUUAAAUGAUAAACAAAAAAAACAAUGUAUAUGCGUAAUCGUAACCGGCCAAAGACUGCAACGCGAAAGACAAUCCCAGCAAAGCUUUUCGCCUUGGAUUACGACGAUAUUAUUUGUACGUAAUAAGUAAGCGACGACACUCUGUGCAAUGAGAGACAAGUUUACGUUCUAGUUAAGCAACAACACGCUCAAUCAAACAUAUAGUAUUCUCGUUCGGUUAUAUUUUGUACAUAUAUCAAAUGAAUGAACCAAUGCGAGGUGCCGCGGCGGGACCGAUGUUAUCGUCUCCCCCAUUGCAGCGAUUUCAAAUUAUGCGGAAUAUUUUUUACUGUAUUUUUUAAGCGAGCGCCGUCGUCUUAUCGACGACGCCAUG